UAACUCUGCUGCUGCAGCCGGAGGAGCGCGAGACACUCAGGCCCCGAAAAAAGAAAAAUUAGAGAAAAAAUUGGGAAAAAAUAGUAAACCAACAGAUCAAGAGGAGACAGACCGGGGACGGUGGUGUGGGGGCUCCCACGGUUGAAGAUGAUGAUGAGAGCUAUUGCCACAUAAUCGGCCCCAGUCAUGGCAGGUGGGACUGGAUGAGAGCGUGAAGAUAGCAGACGAUUUAAAAGCGUAUACGCUACCUUACACGCCACCGCAAUAUUGAACCAGAGCCUGGAAGGCAGGGCAGCCACGGCCGAGUUUCAAUGGCAACGGCACCCUAGGGCUGCCAUGGCAGCCACCGCCGAUGCCCCUCACCACAUUGCCAAUCUGACGCUGGAGGACGAGGAACGAAGAGCCGCCACCAAAGUGUUUGGAGGUCCCGCUGCAGGGAGGACGGAAAGAGAGAUCGAGAACGAGAGAGAGAGGGAGAGGGAAGGGAGAGGCAGUGGGAACGAGUGUUUGGUGUGCGGUUCCCUCUUCAGUUCGCAGGAUAAGCUCCGGCUUCACGCUUUCUGUCACGCAGGAGAGAAACCUUUCCAUUGUUCCCAGCCCCAUUGCCCCAAGGCUUUCAGCUCCAAAUAUAAGCUCUUUAGACAUAUGGCCACACACUCCCCACAGAAGACUCACCAGUGCACAUUUUGUGAGAAGAUGUUUCACCGCAAAGAUCACCUGAAAAACCACCUGCAGACUCACGACCCCAACAAAGAGGCCUUUAAGUGUGAGGAGUGUGGCAAACACUAUAACACAAAGUUGGGCUACAAGCGCCACAUGGCCAUGCACUCGGCCACAGCCGGUGAUUUGACCUGUAAGGUGUGUUUGCAAAGCUAUGAGAGCACGCCUUUACUCCUGGAGCACCUCAAGAGCCACUCAGGCAAGUCGUCUGGUGGUGUCAAGGAAAAGAAACACCCCUGUGACCACUGUGAUCGACGCUUCUACACUCGAAAGGAUGUUCGCCGACACAUGGUGGUCCACACAGGCCGCAAAGACUUCCUGUGCCAGUACUGUGCCCAGCGUUUUGGGCGAAAGGACCAUCUGACGCGGCACGUCAAGAAGAGCCACUCACAGGAGCUGCUGAAAAUCAAGACGGAACCUCCGGAUAUGUUGGGCUUACUUGGGUCUGGUUCUCCAACUUGUGCUGUGAAAGAAGAAAUAAGCCCUAUGAUGUGUAGCAUUGGACCUACCAAGGACUCUAUGAUGGCAAAGCCUUUCCCCAGUGCCACCCCUUUCCCCAUGGGAAUGUACAACCCUCAUCAUCUCCAGGCCAUGGCUAAUCCGGGUGUGGGCCACCAUCACUCGCUAGUUUCUGGGACUUUGUCCUCUGCCAUGGGGAUGGGCUGCCAUAUGGAACCUCCCUCAUCACUGCACCACCAUCACCCACACCAUCAUCACCAUCACCAUCCUCACCAUCACCACCACUCCCCACCUCCGCCCCCUCACCAGCAGCCUUCCUUACAGAACCAGCAACAGCAGCACCUGCAAGUACCGCCCAAGUACCAGCUCGGACCUACCUCAUACCUGCUGGAGAAGCCCAUGAAGGUGGAGAUGGAGAGUUUCCUGAUGGAUUUACAGAGCGGGCUCCCAGUUCCUCCGCCACCCUCGGUCGACCCCCACUCAGCAGCUUCGCCCAAUAAGGAGGGUUUGGAACCUCCACCGGGAUUGUCAGAUGACCUUUGCGGGGACCUCCUCAUGUCCAAGAGCCCUGCUGUCAUUGCGGAGUCGUUGUGUGCUGCUAACAUGGACUUCUCUCAUCUGCUAGGCUUUCUUCCACUCAAUCUGCAACCCUACAGCGCCCCCAUGAGUUCAGGAGGACUGGUGAUGGGUUACUCCACCUCCUCAGCGGUCUCUUCUUCUUCCUUAUCAUCGUCAGCAUCCGUGCAUGCUGCUGAACCACACAAUGCCACAGCUGCGGUGCCUCUUACCUCUUUGCAACCUCAACCUCAGGAGCAGCCAGGUUCUGAUGGGGGCCUCAGUCUUGGGCCUCUGCACCCACUCCCACCAGUGUUCAGCUCUAGCCUCAGUACGACCACUCUGCCUCGAUUUCACCAGGCCUUUCAAUGAGGUCCCAACCCGGCCUCCACAAGGGCUCAGGGCAGAGGAGCUUUAGAGCUCCCCCUAGGGGUGGGGAGAUAGAACACUUGAAUACAUAGAAGCCUUAACAAAAGCACACAAGAGCUUUUUAAUGAGCCUGGAGGAAAACAAGCAUAGGAAAUAUCAUGGAGCUUUUAUUUAGGCUGUCCGAAUUUUAGCUGUGAUUUUUUUAAUACCCUUUUGAACCUCUCCCGCCAUCCCCUCUCCUACGAUUUUGUAGUUAGAAAGCAGCAUCAGUAGGCCUUAAGUCAUGGUACUGCAUACUUUAUAAAGUAAUAAUACUAGUAGAAAAAAGAUUAAUGUAGAAAAGAUAAUCUGCCUUUGAGACUCUGAAAGACUAGUUUGAAGUGAUAUAAGAAUAUUUUUUUUUUCAUUUUCAAAUGUGAGACCUGACUUGUUAUAUUGUCUCUAUUCUACUAAGUGAAAAGUCAGGUAAUAGUUGUUUGCCCUUAAACUAAAACCGUCUUCAUGGCCAGGAGGGAAAGAAUUAGUGAAGGAAUAAAGGAGUACAAUUGGUUUAAAAUGGCAAAAAAGCUAUUAUUUACUGAAUAUUUCAACAACCCCAAAAGCCGUUUCAAACAUAUUAUACAGCAUACCUCAUUAGAUGAAAAUUUUAUCUAAAAAAAUAAGUGUUCUUUCAGCUCUUAUAUAUUUUUAUUUGUAUUAGUACAAAUUCACUCGUCAGAAAGAACUAAGCUUAUACACAAGCGAAACAGAGGGACUAAAAAUAGAGAGGCGAUGAGGGCAAAAACUGCACAAUUUGAUCAUUUGGUACAAUGUGACCACUGACAGAACUAAAGCAAAAAAUAUAUAUACGUUUAAAUCUUACAGGUUUACAAUUUUUCUCAAAAGAAGCACUUUGUUUACAGCCGAAGGCACUUGACCUCUUUGGGUUACCAUGGUGACCCACUAAAAUCCCCUCCCUUUCCCCACUCUACCUUCACGCUUUUUGGAAAAAAGACUGCCAUUAGACACACACACAAAGUUCAAAUAACCUUCAAGUACCUUUGAAUACUCCACACUAAUCUGAGUCUUUCAAGGUGGUUUCCCUCCUUCCAGCACUAAUUUUAAAGGAAUAGUUCACCCAAAUUGAAAAUCAUUUAUUUACUCUGAUUUUGUUCCAAACAUCAUACUAGAUGUUUGGCAGAAUGUGCUAGCUUCUGUUUUCCAUGCGACAAAAGUGGUGGGUGAUUUUACUUCCAAGUUCCAUAAAGGACAAAAAUACCACCAUAAAGGUAUCAUAAAGGUAGACCGUAUGACUUCAAAGUUUUCUUUAGCCAUAGAUGGGUUUGUAUGACAAACAUGUCCGUCAGUGCUCACAAAUCUCAUAUGCAGUCGUGUCAUGUGACCAAACCUGAUGUGACGUGUUUUAUAUCAAGACUACAAUUUACGUUUGAUAGAUUUACAGUGAAUAUCGACUUAAAUUUUGCUCUGUUCCUCACACAAAGCUAUUGUAUGGUUUCAGAAGACUCAUAAUAUAGCAUACAAGUCCUAUGGACUACUUUUAUAAUACUUUUAAAAGGAUAGUUCACCCAAAAAUGAAAAUUCUCCCAUCAUUUACUCACUCACCCUCAUGCCAUCCCACAUGUAUAUGUCUUUCUUUCUUCUGCAGAACAAAAACAAAGAUUUUUUAAAUAAUAUCUCAGCUCUGAAGGUCCUUAAAAUGCAAGUGAAUGAUGGCCAGAAAUGUAAAGCUCCAAAAAUCACAUA